UCUACUGAGGGAGGAAGUGGAGAAUGGGAAAGAUUUUAUUAAAGAAAUGUGGUAUUUCAGAGAGAAGAAACUCAAACAAACACAAACAAAGGAGGAAUAAAACAAGCAAGGGAGCCGUUUCAAAGUAAUAUUCCACCUACUACUACUACUACCACUAGUAUACCUCACAAAAUAUCAUCCACCCGAAAUCAGCUUAUCUCUUAAAUUUGUAAUGAUUUGUAUGGUUAAGUGAAGAAAUGGCUGUAAUAAAUGUUUACAAAAAAAAUGAGGCAGUUGUCCACAAAUCAAAUGUUUGUUCUAAGGCAUCGUUAGUGCUAAUUAUCACCUUCGCCACAUCAGUUCUGGUUCCACUGGUUGCUGUCUUUCGAAGUCAUGGUCUGUGGAUCAAAGAGGCAGAAUAUCGUGAACAGCCAGAUAUCCGCUUUAAAUAUCAAGUUUUACUUAUUACAGAAACAUCGGUUGGUCCUCUUAUCUGGUCUAGCAAUUCAAUAUUUAAUGAUUUGUUGAAAAAAUAUUUACGAACUCCUUUAAUAAAGUCAAGUGAAAUUGAUGAAAACAAAGAUGGUUUGAAAGAUAAAUUGGAUUUCAACUUGGAACUACCUCUGUUGGCUGGUGAGCUUGUGUAUGGAGUAUCAAUGCUACUCAUCUUUGACUACAGAUUACAACACUUAUGUGAAGUGGCCCUUGAAGGUGCUGGACUACUACAGUACAGCAGUGGGUUACCUGUAACAUCCCUUUAUCAUUAUGCUGAUUUGACAUUGUCUCAACGUCAUCUGUUGCAUUAUGGGAGGAGCAAUUUUCAGUAUAAUGUUUCAAUUUUGCCAACAUUGAUGCAAGAAACCAAACAGUGGUCAAUGAAUAGCAUACUCAAUGAAUACUGGAAGAGAAACUUAACAACAAGAUUUACAAAUACGUAUACAAGCUGGCAGAAUGGAGGUACAGACAUUUUAAGUUUAACACUGGAAAUCAGGUACCCAGAACAGAAUAUCUUAUAUAAACCAGGAUUUUGGUAUGUUAUUAAAUGGGCUUGGAUACAGUACUUCUGCUUAUUAGCAGUUGUAUCAUAUAUUGUGAAUUUAAUCAAGGAUUGGAUUUUUCAGAAUUCCAUUGUAUCUACAUGGGUAGAUCAUUCCCGCAAACAAAAAUGAUGUAUGUUCUUAAUUGUGAAGAAUUUGGUAAUAUACUACAUAUGCUAGUCAAUUCAGGGUUAUGAUGUCUUAUAGAUAUACCAUGCCAAAUAGCAAAGUAGUGUUUUAUAUGGAAAAUAUUUCUUGUAGAAAUUGUUUUGCUACUUUAUUUUUAGUAUAUUUAAUCAUGAGUGCACAACAGAGUCACCCUAUGUAUGUUGCUUGACAAGCAGAAGUGCUUAAUAGAGUUAAUAUAUUUUAUUAAAAUGUUCAUUGUAUGUAAGAGUGUUAAGCAAUUUUUCUCAGGAAAAUGCCACUAUAUAACUUAAACUGUCAUAUGGGGGUAUCCCUGUCAAAACUUUUAAUAGUACCAUAUGAUAAUAAUAAAGUACAGUACAGUCCCCAAUUAUGCGAGAAUUUGGUCGAUACACGGCCUCACAGAAUUGGAAAUUUGCAGAUUUCAAAACACAUACUUUAUGGGAAUAAUUCCAUUAGGGCCAAGGCAAAUAGUAACUUACCUGUAACUUACCCAGUCAAACUUUUAUACUACCCAUUUUCAAUACUUUCUAUGUACUAUACUGUAAUUUUUUCUUAUAUGAAAUUGUUCUUAUGGAUAAACAAAAGGUUUUAAUAACUUGAAAAAAUUAAAAAUUACAGGAUGGUGAAAAUUCCCUCACUCAAACAAUGCCACCAUUGAGUGCAAGUGUACUGUACAAUAUACAGUCAUUUCCUUUAAAAAACCUUUUGGGUGGAAUUUCCUCUACUUAUCCUCCGUGAAGAGUUCUGCUGAAGGAAGGCUUUGUGAACCAUAUGAGGUUUCGGGGACUGGCUGAUUAUGCUUGUCUUCACUCCCAUUAGGCUUAACAAACUUGGUUACGAACGCCUGUCUCAGUUUCUUUGUCCGGCACGUUCACUUUGUAAUCGUUUUCAUAUAGAUUUUUUCUGCGAUGAAAAAGAACUGAUGAAAAUUCAAAAUUGUUCCGACACGGCAUACAAACCUUCGGUCCUUUUACAAUAGGAAGGUACUAGCGGCAGCUGGAUAGGUCGUAAGCUUUCGAACA